CCGUAAUAAGCGAGCGUGUUGAACUUUCAACGUGUUCAUUACUAAGUAGUCUCUGUUGACGAGUUUACUCACUACCAGUCACUACCUUUGCGACUACCACUUCAGCGAGCCAUCACUGGCGCUGCAUUUUCGUGCUUUAAUCCCGACUUACUUCAAACUUCAAAGUCGUACGGGAUAGCACGUCCAAAAACCUAUCUGGAGAGCCAUGGUGGUUCAAUUGUGUCCAGGCAGCAAUGCACUUGAUUUAUCAGAUGCUUGUGUGCGCACCUCCCUUGGUGCGAUCGUACCCGCUGCGCUCAUCUUAGCGCUAUGUCUCUUCUCCAUAUCCCGGGUUCCUGCAUUCGUUCGUCCACUUACCAGCGCUAUUAAUUUGCCCUUCUGCAGUUUUUUGACCUUGCGCGAGGCCGAAGCUCUAGAUAGUCAAGGGGAAAAAUCAGGCGACGUUGUCGUCGACAACACUGUUCCUUUAUGGCGCACCGUACUACUCUCGUUUGUCGCUUUGCUUCAGGCUCUCGUUUGGUCUGCUGCCGGUGCAUACGACAUCAUCACGAACAAGGCUGAUAUCUGGACGGGUAUCGCCCAACUUCUCAUUGCUGCCACUUGGAUAUAUGCCUCCUGCAAACCCAUCUUCUGGCCCAAGCCAACUAUCCAUUUCGAUCUCUUCACCCUGUUUAUGCUACACUUCGUCUUUGGCAUCAUCUUGCUUGGCGGUACUUUGUAUGACUACGAGGUUUUUGGUGUCCCAUUGCCUCCAUACCUCCCAUUCUUGGGCCUCAUUUUCAAUCUCGUUGCCAUUCUGGUGGUCAUGACCGUCGUAGGAAACAUGCCCUUUGAGCUGCCGAGCAACCGUAUAAAGAAGGAAGAUAUUUAUGUCAAGUACUCGCCUGAAGAUUAUGCUACUAUGUGGGAAUGGAUCACGUUCUCAUGGGUCUACCCGCUCAUCACUCGUGGCUCGAACAUGACCAUGACCGAGGAUGACGUUUGGAAACUCAGUCCCACCCAGCAAUCCCGUCCGGUUUUCAUCAAGUUCAGCACCAUCAUUCGUUCUUCUCUCCUUCGCCGUCUGUGGGCUGCCAACUCGCAGGAUCUUCUACUGGAUUUCGGCCUGACUUAUGUCAGCGUCAUAUUCACCUAUGCCUCGCCAUUCUUUUUAAAGCGCAUCCUUGAUGCUAUCGAUGAUCCUACCGCAGAGAACCGGUCCCAAGCAUACAUCUACGCUUUGUUGGCAUUCCUGUGCACGAUGCUAAAGGCGGAAGCUGAUGUCCAGCACCUGUGGUUUGGGCGGCGAGCAGCGACAAGGAUGCGUGUAGAGCUGAUGGCUGCCAUCUACGACAAAGCUCUCAAGCGUCAGGACUACUCAGGCAUUAUCGACAUGGACAAAGCCAAGGAGGCUGCCGACAAAAAAGCGGGGAUCAAGCCUGUUGAGAAUCCGAGUGCGGAUGACCCCAAGGCUGGCGCGGAUGUCGGAAAAAUCGUCAAUCUAAUGGCUGUAGAUGCAAACAGGAUUGCCAUGAUGGUAUCUGGCGCAUAUUUCAUCUACGGAAGUCCGUUCGAGAUUAUCAUCGCUACGACCUUCCUAUACAAUCUUCUGGGAAUAUCUGCAUUUGCGGGCUUUGUCGUUCUUCUCGCUGGCUGGCCCUUGAACAGCUUUGUUACUAAACGCAGCAUUCGCAUUCAGAAGGGUGUCUCUGCUUCCCGAGAUAAACGCAUGGCUGUCCUUAACGAGCUCAUCAGUGCUGUCAAAUUCAUCAAGUUCUUCGCAUGGGAGGACCGCUGGAUUAAACGGACCAUGGAUGCACGAGGGGUGGAGAUGAAUUGGAUGGUGAAGGCUCGAAUCAACUCAGUGAUGUUUUCCACGAUCUGGACCUCCGCUCCUAUUUUGGUGUCGCUCAUAUCGUUCUUCACCUUCGUGUACCAAGGCAACCAGCUGACUGUGUCUGUUGCAUUCACGUCCAUCGCGCUGUUCAGCAUGAUUCGUCAGCCGUUGAAUGUUAUCCCAGCUUGGAUUGUUCAAAUCCUACAGACUGGCGUUGCGUUGAAACGUAUCGAGAAAUACCUCGAGGAGGACGAAGUCGAUGAGCAGGUGUCUUCCAUCAAGAAGGCUCGCGCACCCUAUGUCGAUGGAGAGGAUGACGCCCUUUCAAUUGAGAAUGGGUUCUUUAAGUGGAAUGAGGUUCCCGAGACACCUGAGGAAAAUUCAAAUGCGAAGGGCAAAAACCACUCCCGUACCAGUUCGGGCGAUGGAAGUGUGACUGCCGUUGAUUCCGAGGCCGCGUCCAUCCGAUCGUCGCCCGAGGAUCAUAGAUUCGAGCUCAAGGAUAUUUCGAUACAGUUUCCUGAGGGUGAGCUGUCUGUGAUUACUGGACCGACAGCGAGUGGCAAAACUGCUUUGCUCAUGGCACUGCUGGGCGAGAUGACUACCAUCAGCGGCAAAUUGACCAUUUCGAAGAAUACGUCGAAAAUCGACGAAAACGGAUUUAUGCACUCAUUCUCAUAUGCUGCUCAAUCACCUUGGCUGCGUCAUCAAUCCAUCAAAGAUAACAUUCUGUUUGGGCAACCUUUUGAUGAGGAGAGGUACAACGAUGUCGUCGAGUGCUGUGCGCUGCUGCCGGACUUGAAUAUCUUGGAGGAUGGAGAUGAUACUGAGAUUGGCUCUAGGGGGGUCAGCUUGUCGGGUGGCCAAAAAGCUCGUGUUGCCCUUGCUCGUGCCGUGUAUGCUCGCACAAAGUAUGUCAUGUUGGAUGAUCCAUUGAGUGCUGUGGACAGUCAUACUGCCCGGUUCUUGUACGAGAGACUCUUCCGCGGACCGUUGAUGGCAAACCGUACGGUGAUCUUAGUCACUCACCACGUAGAGCUCGUGCUCCCUGGCACUUAUUACCUCGUCCGCAUGCUGGAUGGUUGCAUCGAUGCCCAGGGUACUGUCAAAGAUCUCCGUGCGCAGGGCAUUCUGGACCACAUUGCGCAGGAUUCCGCUGCGGAAGUUAAAGAAGAGGAGCCUAUAGCGGCCACCGAGGCCCCCGUCGAAGCGCAGGACGACGCCGAGGCAGAGACGUCUGCAGAAUCAAAGAAAAAGCCUCGAAAGCUUGUGAAGGAUGAGCACCGGGAGGCUGGAGGCGUCAAGUGGUCAAUUUAUAAUGCGUACUUGAAGGCGUCGUCGUACCGAACGUGGUUUAUGCUUGGGAUUCUCAUUGCUUGUUCGCAGACCUUAGGUGUUACUGAGAAGCUCUGGGUUCGGCAAUGGGGUCAAGCAUAUGGCGAUGGUGCCGAGCUAGGUCCACACAUCAUGGCACCCUCUGUAUUGACCGAGAAUGAGGCGCUGAUGAACGGCUACGUGCCCUACCAUGACCAUCGACACUACUCGAACAACUACUUCCAUGUUAAUGCCUCUGGCUUCAACCCCAUCACGUUGCCUGACGUUCAUGAACACCCGCUAUUCUACGUUGGUGUUUAUGCGAUGAUCGGGUUUGCCACCGCGACAGUCAGCAUAUUGUCGACUGCUAUUCAGUACAACGGAGCGUUGAAAGCAUCGAGGUCUAUUUUCCACAAGCUCUUGACGGGCGUCGUGCACGCCACGAUGCGCUGGCAUGAUGUCACCCCGGCUGGCCGCAUGCUCAAUAGGUUCGGAAAAGAUAUUGAAACUAUUGAUACCAAUCUCGCGGGUUCCUUAUCAGCUGUCAACUCUUCAUUGGCGACGUUUGCGGCUGCGAUUAUCACCGUCGUUGUCUUUUUCCCGAUUUUCCUUAUCCCUGCUGUAGUCAUAGGUUUCUUCUACCGCCUGCUAGCUCUCGGGUAUCUGAAGACUGGCAGAGAUCUUCGUCGUAUGGAGUCUAAUUCCCGGUCGCCUAUCUUCUCUGGUUUUAGCGAGUUGCUCGAAGGUAUUGUUACGGUUCGGGCUUUCUCUGCUGAACAGCGCUUUUUGGACGACCUACACGACAAGAUCGACGUUACUACCAAGAUGUGGUACAAUUUCUGGAUGACGAAUCGAUGGCUCUUGUUGAACUUUGAUGGGCUCGGUGGGUUGGCUGUGUUGACCACCACUCUCCUUGCGCUAUCAGGCUAUGUCUCAGCUGGUACCGCGGGUUUGUGUAUCACGAGUGCUAUGACCUUCACCAGCAGUGUUUAUUGGGCUUGUCGGUUCUGGACUGCACUUGAGCUUGAUUUAAACUCCGUCGAGCGUGUUGUAGAAUACCUCGAUCUGCCGCAAGAGCCUCCUGCCAUCAUCGAGUCUAGUCGUCCUCCUGCUUACUGGCCUUCUAGCUCGACGAAGGAAGGGUUGCUAACCGUCGAGGAUCUAGUCAUCAAAUAUUCGCCUGAGCUCCCUCCUGUCUUGCAUAACGUUUCUUUUACUUUGAGUGCGAGGGAGCGAAUCGGGCUUUUGGGACGCACAGGUAGUGGAAAGUCGACUUUGGCGAUGAGUAUUCUUCGCUUUGUCGAUCCUGUCAGCGGUCGUAUUCUGAUCGACGGGAUUGAUAUCUCUAAGAUUGGUGUCCAUGACCUUCGCUCUCGUCUGACUUUUAUUCCUCAGGAUGCGACUCUGUUCUCGGGCACAUUGAGAGAUAACCUUGAUCCGUUCGGUGAACAUGAAGAUGGCGAAUGUUUGGACGUGCUGUACCGCGUGCAAAUGCUCAGUCAAAGUGCUCACCAAUCUCUGCACAACUCCCGCACACCAUCUCGUGCAUCCACGCCUGAGGGUCUCGCCUCUUCUGCUGCCUCGGUGGCUGUCACUGACGUAUCAGUGGAGUCCAAGACGACCAUCACACUCGAUACCCAGGUGUCCGCAGGUGGCACAAACUUCUCGCAGGGUCAACGGCAGCUCAUCGCGAUGGCGCGCGCGUUGCUUAGGCGGAGCGCGAUUAUUGUACUUGAUGAGGCAACAAGCAGCAUUGAUUUUGAUACCGACGCCAAAAUUCAGGCAACGAUUAGGGAGGAAUUCACGGAUUCCUUAUUGCUCACGGUCGCGCACAGAUUACGCACUGUGAUUGAUUACGACCGUCUAAUUGUGCUCGAUGCAGGAGAGGUUGCGGAGUUCGACACACCCUUGAAUCUGAUCCAGAAGGAGAAUGGUAUUUUCAGGACGAUGUGUCUCAAAAGUGGAACAUUUGCUGAGCUUGAAGCGGCUGCCAAGGCCAAGGCUGAACGCGAUGCGGCCAAUGCUAAGGCCUAAUUGAGUACUUGACUGAGUGCUUUGUGAUUAGUCGACUUGUUUUGUAUGUUUAAAAGGAUUUCAAUCUUGAUUGUCUUAUAAUCAGGCA